CGUAAUUAUUUAAUACUUAUGAGUUCUAAAGUGAAGAACCUGUAUUUAGCAUUGCGUCUGCGUUUGGAUGAAUUCAGAGUGGUGACAAUAAAAACGUGUUAGAUUGGAAUAAAUAUUUUAUUGUUUGCAUCUCUUAGAGGAGAUUAAAAAGCAAAAAAUCAAAAUUCACUAUAACAAUAUGGUCUUACUUCUUAAAAAUAAUUACAAUAAGCUUAAUAAAUCUCAUCUUCACUUUAUAAUCACAACUUUGGUAGUUUUUAUCCUGAAGUAAGUAAGUUUGAGCUAAUUUGUAGUUUAUAAGAGCAUCAAUUACAUUAUAUUUGGUUGGAUUGGUGAUUAAUUUACUUCAUACUGAAAUCUUGAAUGUAAUUAACAAAAAAUUCGUUUUACAAAAAUGUGUAGGUACAAUAGUUAUAGUUUUCCUUCAUAUCUUAGACUUAAUGAUUAUUAAUGAUUAUCUGAUCUUAAAUUCGGAAUAUAGUAAUCUAACUUAAGCGGUAUCUGAUAUUUAUGUAGAUUCUGUAAGAAAACAAAAAGAUAUGAUUUAAUUAUUUGAAGCAGUUAUCAGAUAAUUGGUCAACAUUAAUAGGUAUAACAAUUUUAUUAUAUGUAGAUUUAUUUCAUUAUUUUUUUAAGCAUCUGCUCUUUGGGGAGAAGGAAUAAGAAAAUUGAUUAAAAAUAAAAGAAAGACUUUAGGUACAAAUGAUUCUCAAUUAUCAUCUCCUUAAACUUAAGAAAAGACUUAGAUAAAUAAUAUUCCACCAAUCAAUAACAUAAAUAGUAAAAUAAAAGGUUAAAAGAAAGAAGUUGUUUAACAUUCUGGAAAGAAAAAAAAAUCAUAAUGGCAAUACUAAAUUGAAAAAUCUGAAGAAAGAGGAUAAUCUAUAGAAAAAAAGAAAAAAAAAUUUUCAGAAAAAAAACCAUCAAAAUUAUCUCCAAAUUAAUAUGAAUAAUAAAAUGAACCAAAGAUAGAUGAAUCUUAGCAAUUAGCUCUUUCUAAGCAAGUUUCAUAAAUUCAAAAAGAUGAAUAAAACAAUUCCACUUAAGCUUGUUCAAAUGGAACUAAAUCCUUAUUUGAUCAUAAAAUUAAAUCAAAUAGAAGUGAAUCACUUCCUAUUAAAUUAUGUUAAUAGGUUGAAAUAUUAUAAAAGUAUCAAAGAUAUUCUUCUUAGAGUUAAAAGAAAUAAAUAGAGCAAAAAAAAUAAAUAAGACCCUUAUAUGAUAAACUAUAUAAAUUCAAUUUAUAAACUAAUGUUGAUAAAUACGAAAUUAAAGUUCAUAGUAUAACUGAGAUGAAUAAUUCAAUAAAUAAAAUUGCAUAAGAGAAUUCUUGGAAUUCAUUUUUAACAAUAAAUGUAAAGUUAAAUUAUUGGAAAGAAGCUUAUCAAUAAAUGUAAACUUAAGAAAUUAAAGAAGAAUUAUAAAAAGUAAUAGCUUAAUAUGCAUUAUAUUUAAUGAAUUAACAUGCUUAAAAUUAAGAAAUAGUAGAAUGA